CAAUAGUGAGUGGUGCACACUUCCUUCUACCAGCCACAGAACAAAAAAACAAGUCCCAUUUAAGAGUUGCUGGUGUAACAAUAGGAAGAAUAUAUUCCACUCCUCUCUUGUACACGCGGCUUAUGAGAUGAACGCUGGUCAAGAAGAACGUCCCCUUCAGCAGCAGGAGGAUCCACAGCCCCCCCACAUUAAAGAGGAAGAGGAGGAUCUCUGGGUUACUCAGGAGGAAGAGUUUCUUCCAGGGCAGGAGGAGGCUGAUCUCAGCAAGUUUCCACUGACUGUUGUCUCUGUGAAGACUGAAGAGCAUGAAGACAAACCACCUGAGUCCUCACAGCUUCAUCACAGUCCAAACGUCUGUGCAGAACAUCUUCUCUCUGAGCAACAGAAGUGGAGCUUCAAGAUGGACAAGGAGGAGCCACAGCCCUUCCACAUUAAAGAGGAAGAAGAGGCGCCACAUACAUUGCAAAUGCAAAGGGAAGAAAAUAACCCACUGACCUCCCAUUUUAAAGAGGAAGAGGAGGAACACAGCAUCAGUCAAGAAUGGUUGGAGGAGUUCCAUGUGAUUGUGAAGAGUGAAGAUGAUGAGGUCAAAGGUGAGAGAGAGGCGGAGCCUCCAAGCAGCAGCUCAACUCAACACAUGACAACAGAAGCUGAUGGAGACCACUGUGGAGGAUCACAAGCAGACAAGCUCUUAGCUCCACUAUCAGAUAGUGAGGACACAACGUCACACUCUCCUGACACUGAUGAUGAAGACUCUAAAGAUGAUAAGACAUGUCACACUGACAACACACACUUCACGUGUUCUCACUGCGACAAAACUUUUAAUCACCGUCGCAAUAUGAAAAGACACAUGAGAACACACACUGGAGAAAAACCUUUUUCAUGUUCAAUCUGUGGUAAAGAUUUCACUCAAAAGCACAAUUUCAAAGCACACAUGAGUACACACACCGCCGAGAAACCUUUCUCCUGCUCAGAAUGUGGUAGAGCUUUUAGACUCAAACAAAUGAUGAAGGAUCACAUGAGAAUACACACUGGAGAAAAACCUUUUUCAUGUUCAAUCUGCUGUAAAGAUUUUACUCAAAGGCCACAUUUGAAAGUACACAUGAGAAUACACACUGGAGAACAACCUUUUUCCUGCUCAGAAUGUGGUAAAAGAUUUGUAUUGAAUGACAAUUUAAAAGUACACAUGAGAACACACACUGGAGAAAAGCCUUUUUCAUGUUCAAUCUGUGGUAAAAAUUUCACCCAAAGGCAAAAUUUGAAAACACACAUGACAAUACACACUGGAGAAAAACCUUUUUCAUGUUCAAUCUGUGGUAAAAAUUUUACUCAACGGCAAUAUUUGAAAACACACAUGACAAUACACACUGGAGAAAAAACUUUUUCCUGCUCAGAAUGUGGUAAAAGUUUUGUCAGAAAUCAAAGUUUAAAAGAACACAUGAGAAUACACACCGGAGAACAAACUUUUUCCUGUUUAGAAUGUGGUAAAAGUUUUGUAAGAAAUCACAAUUUAAAAGUACACAUGAGAACACACACUGGAGAAAAGCUUUUUUCAUGUUCAAUCUGCGGCAAAGAUUUUACUCGAAGGGACCAUUUCCAAAAACACAUGAGAACACACACUGGAGAAAAGACUUUUUCCUGCUAAGAAUGUGGUAAACAUGUUGUAAUAAAUUGUAGUUUAAAAAUACCCAUGAGAACACACUUGUGAAAAAUCUUUUAUAUGUUCAGUCUGUGGUAAAAGUUAAAUAGAAAGACAGCAAUUAAAAUCACACAUGAGAACGCACUCUGGUGAAAAACCAUACUUGUGUUCGAGCUGCAACAAAAGCUUUGUUCACCUAAACACUCUUACAGUACACAUAAGAAAAAGUGCCUAUUUUUUAACUAACACAACUACGAAGCAAGUUAUACAAUCUCUUAUAUUGUCACAUACUGACUACUGCCCAGCAAUCUGGUCUAAUGCAUCUAAACAAGAUCUAAAUAAAAUCCAGCUUACCCAAAACAGAGCUGCCAGACUAGCUCUCCAUUGCUUCUUUUAGGACCGGCAUUGAGAUCACGCAUCAUGAAUUGUCAUGAAUGAAAGACUAGCGUGUAGUUUGAUUCUAUUUUUAAAAAAAAACAUCUAUACACACCAUAAAGCUUCAUAUCUGUAUUCUCAGUUGCUUGCCAGUGACUUGACAGUCACAACUACGGUACCAGGCUAGUCCUAAGAGGUGCUCUCACACCUCUUAAACCCAAACGUGAUGUUUUGAAAAAGACUGUAAUGUAUCAGGGAAUCACUUACUGGAAUCCACUUCCACAAUAUCUGCUAUCAAUCACCAGCAUUGUGGGCUUUAAGAAUAGACUAAGAGGAGAAGUAUUGUGGAAAGAGAUUAUUCUAGAUCAGGGGUCGGGAACCUUUUUGGCUGAAAGAGCCAUGAAAGCCAAAAUGUAUUUCCGUGAGAGCCAUAAAAUAUUUUUUUAACACUGAACACAACUAAACGCGUGCAUUUUAAGUAAGACCAGCAUUUUUGGAGUAUAAUAAGUCUCUUAUUCUUUUUAAUAACAUUGUUAUUCUGAAGCUAGUAAUAAAUAGUAAUAGUAAAUAGUAAACCAGUAAUAAAUCAAAUAAUUCUACAAUUAAUGCAACUUUUUGAACAGGUGCGGUAGAAAACGGAUGAAUGGAUUAAAAUGCAUGAGAAUGUUUAAUAUUUUGAACGUUAUUUAUAUUUUGAGCGUAAUUAUUCAUUACUUAUCGUGUUAAGCAAUGUCAGCUAAGAUUUAUCUGAGAGCCAGAUGCAGUUAAAAAAAGAGCCACAUCUGGCUCUAGAGCCAUAGGUUCCCUACCCCUGUUCUAGAUUGUACCUAAAGUCAUGACUGUUUUUAUUGACUAUUGACUAUUUUAUUGAUUAUGGGAUAAGUAGUAGAAAAUGAAUGGAUGGUACUUUUUCGUCACUUGUUGAUUGUCUUUGGUACAUUAAUGUGCAUAUUUUAGGCCAUUGGUUCUUUGUUUUAUUUUGGUAAAAAAAAUCAAUCAAUCAAUCAUUCAAUGUUUACUUAUAUAGCCCUAAAUCACUAGUGUCUCAAAGGGCUGCACAAACCACAACAACAUCCUCGGUAGGCCCACAUAAGGGCAAGGAAAACUCACACCCAGUGGGACAUCGGUGACAAUAAUGACUAUGAGAACCUUGGAGAGGAGGAAAGCAAUGGAUGUCGAGCGGAUAUAUACAUAUCUAUUUUUAUAUUGCUAUUUUUAUCUUUGGUAUGAAAAUUAUGUACCAUAAGUUAUUUUAUUUUAUUAUUGGAUCAUGUUGUACUGCAUUUUAAUCUUUUGUUUUGUGAUUGUGUGAUGUUUUUUGCCUGGAUCCCAGGAAGAAUAGUCUCCACUGCGGUGUAGAUUAAUAAACUAAACUACACAUGAGAACACACACAAGUGAGAAAGUGUUGAGUUGCAGUGUGUGUGGUGAAAGAUUCUCUUCUAAGUCCCAGUGUAAGAAACACAAGUGUGCUGGUGAGAACAGCAGCAGCAAAUGAAGAUGCAGGAUUUGAAAUAAACUGUCAAAAGUUGAACUUUGACUUUCUAACAACAUCAGCACAUAUAACAUGUGUGACAUCAUUGUUGUGUGUGUAACACAAUCUUGUUAAUAUGAUUCUAACAUUUAUAGAUUAGACACUUCAGAUUAGUGCUUUUAUUUCAGUCAAGUACAUGAGUUAAUAUACACAUUUGUGUACUUUAAAAUGAACACAACAAUUUGACUGAAAAGGUGAGAAUAAACAGUACAUAAAAUAUGUUACAUACAGUGUAGAUAUUCAUAAUUCACUUUUAUACUUUUUCAUUAGUGUUUUAUUUCUGUUUUUUGAAAUAAUGACUUGUUACAUAUUUUGAGUUCUAAUUGUAGAUGAUUCCAUAGAUGAACUCCUUUAUAUGAUGUACAUAUUUGUUUUACAUGUGUUCAUACCUUUGCUUUUGAGUACACAUAAAUCCCUCUUAGUUCAUAUUUACUGGUUCACAUCUGAAACAUCUUCUGGACCACUUCUGGAAGCAUAUUAUUAUUUACUUUAUACAUCAUUUGAACAGUUGUAUUUUAUACAAUUUUAAAAUGUGUGACUAUGAAUCAUUUGUUGGGUCUCUAUAAUCCAUUCUAUUAAUUGUCUUUAUUACUCUCUUGUGUAAUAAGAAUAUUGUUGUGUGAUUGUUUUAUAUGUAUGUCCCCAGACCUUUAUGCAAUAAACAAUGUAUGCUUCAACUAAAGUUGGGUACAAUAAAUGUAGUUAAUA